AUGAGGAGAAAUGUAAGUCCUUCAUUACAGAGGGAGAUUACUUUGUGCAACAGCCAGAAAAAUAAUAAAAGUUGUUUUGUCUUUUCUUUGAACAGUAAAUUUCAGCUCAUUUUAGGCGGAUACUCAGAACAAAGAGAAAGCUUAAAAGAGGAUGUAGAAAAUUUAAAACUUCUUCUAAAUUAUGAAAUAUGUUUUAUAUUAUUUAACGUUAAUAAAUAUACUCCAAAAUGUAAAUGGGUUUUUAUCCUAUGGACACCUGACGAAAAUGUCCAUAACGCGCUAAAAUGGAAAGAAAAAAAAGUGUACAUAAAAAAAAAUAGCUGCAUACAAAUAUUUGAAAAGGAAAAAAAGUAUAGCGAUAUAUGUUAUAUGAAUAAGCUCAUAUAUCACAAUGUGAAAAAUAAUGUUAUCGAUAUAAUUGAUGAUAAUGAUGUUUCACUGCUUGAGAUAAACAAUUUUGAUGAAUUAGAAACAUGUAUAACCACAAGGGCAAAUUAUGCAAAUAAUAAUAAUUUAGCAGAUUUGGAAAGAAGUCAUAUAAAUAAGCAGAACAACUUUUUCCACUCGGAUGUGAAUAACCAUUUGUAUAAUUGUUAUUUCCUGAACUCGGAACUCUGGAACGGUUAUAGCGCAUUAAGACGUAGGAGCGGCAGUGAUAACAUGUGUUCCUCGCUAUUGACUGAUGUGAAGCUGCUUGCCAAUGAAAGCAACACAUGCUUAAACAUGUUAAAGGUAAACAUAGAUGACCUGACACUGAGUAGUCAUCACUUAAUAAUAGAUAAUAUAGAAGCAGUUCAGGAUAUUACACAAGAUCAAAACAUUUUUUAUAUUAUUUAUAAAAUCCUUGAUUCUUACACAUUUUUCUAUGUUUGCAACUAUGGUAGCUGUACGACAAAAGAAAAAUUCGUUUAUUCUUUUUUCAAACCGCAUAUUAUUGAAUUUUUAAAAAAAAAAAAUAUACAUAUAUUUUUGAGUGUCGAAAUGGGGAAAGUUAAACACUUAAUCAAUUUUAUUAACUCCGAUGUAGUCAAAAAAAGGGAAAGCAUGCUAGAAGAAAACUCCCUAGAAGAAAAUUCAUUAUAUGGAAAAAACGUUAAAAUGAAAAAGGAGGCUAACAAUUUGAUUAUCCAAAAAGUUAAGAAUAAUAAUAAAAACAUAUUUCCAAUAAAUGAAUCAGUUAUUAUAGAAGAUAAAGAAUCAUUUGAAAAACAAAGUAAUAAUAACGAAUCUGUGCUUAACUUAAUUAUGAAAAAAUAUUCCUUCAAUUCUAGAGCAAGUAAUAUGUCAGCUAAAAAGAGUAGUAACACAAACUCUACUUCCAUAUCGUUAAAAAAGCACAGUCUUUCCGUAGACCAAAUUAAUUCAUUCAAUCUUAAAAACAAAAAAAAAAAUUUUACCACUUCGUCAACAAGGAAAUGUAACAGUGCAUCUUAUUUGUUAGAAAAAAGAGUCUCCUUAAAGUUGUUCAACAUAAAAAACGAAAAUUUAUCUAAAUUUGCGAUAGAAGAAGCAGUUGGAGGAAAAAAAAAAAAAAAAGAAAAAAAAAGUAAAACAUUACCAACUCUCUUAAAGAGCAAAUCUUUAAGCCUAAAUAAAUAUUCGUCAAUUUCUUUGGAAUCUAAAAAAUCAUAUGCUUUAGAUAAACAAAAUUAA